ACUCUUCCAUUUCCUCCUCUUCUUGUCAUUCGUGCAGGUUCUCAUUGUCAUCACCUCAGCAUCCCGUCACCCUCGUGCCUGAUGCUUCCACGAGGCUGACUUACAGGCAUGCUUUGUGAAGGGUAAGGGCACCAUGGGUUACCUGAAGCAAUCCCAGUACUCAUGGAAUACAAGCAGUUAACUAUUGGGAUUGCAUUGAUUGUGAAAUAGAAAAUGGAAAACUUUUAAGCCUUGUGAUCUAAAACUGCCACCUGGUUUGAGUAUGACGUCAUUAAAGCAAUUUGACCUUGAAAGCGGAAGCCGUGACCCCGUAACCUCCUGACAAUUCUUGUGUUGUGUUCUUGUAGUAAACCUUCCUCUCAUUUUCCAGAAGAGAUCAUUAGGUUAUCAUGAAUAACUUAAUGUAAUUCCCUGACGCAGCAGCCAGUGGGGGAAAGAAAUAUGGUGUGAACGAGCCGGAAAACAGUUUACAUUGUCAGCGUGCUGUGGUAGUGGCCAAAAACCAUCUUCAGCCGCUAUUCACGUGUGAGGGGAACAUGUGACUCACUCUGUACGGAAAAGGAAAUAGGAAAACAGUGAUAUAGAAAGUUAAUAAGUUACUCUUUAUUUAUUUAUUUUUUUUAACACUAAUGUGUGACUUAGCUGUUUGUGACUAAGAAUACUUGAAAUAUUUUCCUACCUUGUACUGAGACACUGCUGACGCGGAGUUCCUGCAGUCUCGAAACGUGAUCCAGAAACCUGUGCGACACUUCAGACUGUCAAACACGUGGAGGAGUGCUAUCCCGAGGGACUUCCGCCAACUUCAAAGGCACAACACCUACACCCGCACACCGCCACUCUUUUUACUAGACCAUGAUGUUCAAGGAGGAGCGGGGCAGCUGAGGGCUGUCCUCGGCACUGUCAGCGGCUCCUCUUCAGUAUCAUGCCGUGGUCUUUCGUGGACGCCGACAACUCUGGCGCUUUCUCGUUGACUGCAAAUACAACUAAUGGUUGGUCUGGGGCCUCGCAAGAGACAAUAGGCGUAAGCAAUGAAGACCUGCUGUUGGGCGCCAGCGACAAUCAGAGCACGGCAGAUGAAGACACGGGGAUGGGGAACCGCUCAGGUGGCGCAGGCGUCAGUGCCAGGGACGAGUCUCUGGUGGUAUGGGAGAUAGUGACGCUGCUCGCCAUCUUCGUGCUCACCGUGCUGGGCAAUGUGGUAGUGCUGUUCAUGCUUUUGGUGCGUCGUAAGAAACUCACCCGCAUGUGUUACUUCAUCCUGAGCCUCUGCGUCUCGGACUUGGUCACUGCCUUCCUCAACGUUCUGCCGCAGCUCGUGUGGGAAAUCACGUACAGGUUCCGCGGCGGCGGCUUUCUUUGCAAGGCGGUGAAGUUUGCUCAGUUACUUGGACCUUACCUUAACUCGUAUCUUUUAGUGAUGACCGCCCUGGACCGGUAUCAAGUCAUUUGCUACCCGCUGUCAAACUGUGCCUGGACUCCACGAAGGUCCAAGAACAUGAUCUACCUGGCGUGGGCGUUGGCACUGGGGUCGUGCACGCCGCAGGUGUUUGUGUUCAGCUACCAGGAGGUCGGGGACGGAACGUGGGACUGUUGGGCGUCUUUCAUUCCGCCAUGGGGACCACGCGCUUACGUCACGUGGUACGCCCUCUCCGUGUUCAUUCUGCCACUCUUCUUCCUCAUCAUCGUGUACACAUGCAUCUGCCGCACUCUGUGGGUGAACUUCAAGCACAAACAAAUGGACGAGCAGCGGCACCGGUGGCAUGACCUGCGGCGGCCAAGGCUCCUGGUGAGACUGCGGACACAAGGCAACCGUUCUGACGGGGGCGAGGUUUCCACGUGCUUGCACACGCCGCGGCAGGAGAAGACCAUGCCUCUGCUUGAUUCUCCCUCCUCCACCUCCACCUCCACCGUCCACAGACUGCCUGCGAAGAAGAUGACGAGGGCGUCCUGCAUGAGGAUCCCGUCAGCCACCAACCCUCGCUCGCACUCCAUCAGAAGCAUCAGCCGAGCCAAGAUUAAGACGGUGAAGCUGACCGUGACUGUCAUAUUCUGCUACGUGAGCUGCUCCGCGCCCUUCAUCUCCGUGCAGCUGUGGCACGUGUGGGACCCCGACGCUCCCACCUCUCCCUUCUACAGCGGCGCGGCCUUCACCAUCCUGAUGUUGCUGUCGUCCCUGAACAGUGUUGUCAACCCCUGGAUCUUUCUCGCCUUUAAUGAGAACUUGUCGCAGAUUUUGAGAAGUUUGUGCACCUGCCGGUUCAAUAUCCGAUGGGGACCUUGGGCCACCCAGACCUUCAGGAGCUCAGACAGCAACAAGAACUUGAGACUGACAGUGUUCACGACCACGGAGGCGGAGCACCAGGCUGCCUCCCACAAGCCAUCGCUCUCUCCGGGCCACACCGUAACCCUGUGUGAGAGUAGCAACGGCUGCUAAUCUCACCUCGUGGCAGUGGGUCUUACAGGAAGCCGAAGUGUGUGGACAUUGGAGAUUAAUUUUUGUACUGUUAUGCAAAAAUACUUCCAGAUUAUACUACAAGCUCUCUUUUCUAGUUAUUUUGUGAAGUAAUAGUGUUUGUGGGACCAUGCCAAGUUGUGGCACGGUAGAACGAAGGAGAUGAAGAAAUUAGACUCCUGGAUGCCAGCCGCGGUGAAGGAGGCUGGAUGAAUCCACGACAAUAAUAAAAUGCUGAACGAAAAUGUAAUAUAACUGUCAAGUAACAAAUAAUCUGUUGU